AUGUCUGCCGAGCAAGCCCUCAUGGCGUUCAUGUUCCAGUACAAACUGGAACAGAACGCCGUGCAGGCGAACGAGCAGGCGUGGCACCAGCGCAACGCCGAGCUGACGAGGAUGGCCAACGAGUCGUCCAUCAAGGCGUCCGUCUUCGAGGGCCAGGUGACCACGCUGCACCAAAGGAUCUUCAAGUUGGAGGAGGAGAACGCGCUCCUCAAGCAGCAGAUCCAGGAGCAGCUGGCGGACGCGGAGAAGGAGAAGGAGGACUUCGAGCGAGUCAUCAAUCGGCUGACGGCGAGCAAGGAGCUGUUGGAGAGCGUGUUGCUGGGCAUUCAGCGACGACGUGAGGAGCAGCUGAGGAGGAUGGAAGAGGAGGAAGCCGAGGAAGAGAAACGGGAUGAAGUGGGGGAAGCUGAGGAAGAACAAGGAGUGGAUGAGGAAGAAGAAGCCGAAGAAGAACUAGAAGAGGUGGAAGAUGAAGCCGAAGCCGAAGCUGAAGAUGAAGAUGAAGACGAGGAAGAAGAAUUGGAGGAGGAAGAAGAAGUAGAGGAGGAGGAGGAAGAAGAAGUAGAGGAGGAAGAGCCAGAUGAUCAAGUCGCUCAAGAACUUCGAGAAUAUCGAGAAGCGGUGGAGGCAGUUCAGCAAGAAGACUUAUUCGCAGCGUUCAGCAGGACAGAAGAGGAAGCUUGCCGACAGCGCCGUCUGAUGGCCAAUCGGUUCAUCGCUUCAUCGUCACACGCCUGCAAGUUUCUGCCGCCAUUCUUCAUCAGUGAGAAUCGGAAACCUCCUUUGGCCCGCACGUUCCCCUUUCUUUCGGAGUACUUCGGAGCCUACCCGUACAUGACGUCGUCUCGUAUCUUCGACAAGGAUGUGAUGAAGGAGUCGACGAGCAGCGACGAGGACGAGGAAGACGACGUCGAGGACGAGGAGGACGAGUACGAGGAUGAGGAGGAAGACGAAGGAACGUUGGUCAACGAGGAAGGAUCGGAGAAAGGCGACGAAGAUCGCGAUCCGGACGGAUGGAACCCGAUGGACAAGACGCUCGACGACAACCUCCGGCUCUUCUGA